AUGCAGAACCAAGAUGCUGCCAUUGAGAAACUUGAAACACAAGUUAGUUACCUAUUCAAUCGGACUUCUGGCAACAACAGAAGUAAAAAGGAGGAGUGUCAAGCUAUCACUCUAAGGAGUGGGAAGGAACUGAAGGGAUUUGACCAGAAGAAACUAGAAGAAGAGUCAAUUGACGAAGGAGAAAGGCAAGAUGGAGAACAAAUGCCUCUCUAUGCCAAGUUCUUAAAAGAGCUCAUGACUAAGAAGAGAAGCUGGAAGAACAACGAAACUGUGAUACUGACCGAAGAAUGCAGUACUAUCAUUCAGCACAAAUUACCCCAAAAAUUGAAGGAUCCAGGGAGUUUUCAGAUCCCCUGUGUCAUAGGUGAGAUCACAGUAGAGAAGGCUCUUUGUGACCUAGGAGCCAGCAUCAAUUUGAUGUCAGUAGCUAUGGUGAGGAAGAUGAAGAUCAAAGAGGCUAAACCAACAAAGAUGGCUCUACAAUUGGCAGACCGAUCAUUCAAGUUCCCUCACGGCAUAGUAGAGGAUUUGUUGGUAAAGGUGGGAAAGUUCAUAUUCCCAGCAGAUUUUGUGGUCCUAGAUAUGCAAGAGGAACCCAAGGCUUCCAUUAUCCUAGGGAGGCCCUUCUUGGCCACUGCAGGAGCUGUCAUUGACGUCCAAAAAGGUGACCUCACCUUGAGAUUACACAAUGAAGAGAUGACCUUCAACAUAUUCAAGGCCAUGAGUUACCCACCAAAGCAAUUCGGGGAAUGCAUGAGGUUAGAUGCGCUUGAGGAAGAAGUACAUGAGGACUUUGAGGAAGAAGAACCUGAAGAGCCAGAUAGGGUAGUAGGGGAGGAGUAUGAAUCAAGUGAAGAGGUUGCGGCAACAGAAAUUCAUACACGAGAAGCACCUAAGGUGGAAAAUCAAAAGUCAGAGGCACCAAAGCUUGAGCUCAAAGCACUGCCACCUACUCUCAAAUAUGCAUAUUUGGGGAAAAACGGAAGUUACCCAGUAAUCAUAAGCUCAUCCCUCAACCAGGAUCAAGAGGAUGAACUACUGCAAGUACUGCGGAGGCACACGGAUGCCAUUGGAUGGACUCUUGCUGACCUGAAAGGAAUAAGCUCAGCCAUAUGCAUGCACAAGAUACUGCUAGAAGAAGAUGCCAAACCAUCCAUUCAAUCUCAAAGGAGGCUGAACCCAAUUAUGAAAGAGGUGGUGUAG